UUAGUUAGUUCUCCUUCCUUACGGCAGAUGAUGUUUGUGCACCGCAAGAGCUCGCGACCAAAGAUCCUUGCUCGCGACCUACGGUAAAAAGAGGGCCGAGCUGUCUGCCUGAGACGCUAAAAGCAACGCUACGGAUCAUAAUAACAACAACUUGUGUGUCAUAGUUUUCAUUAUUUUUAGUUUCUUUUCUAAAUAAUAAUGUGACGACUGCUCAAAGACGAUGCGAGAGUAAAAGUUUUUUAAGUGGAAUUAGCAGAAGAUUUAAAAAUUGCCUCCACGGUGUGGAAAAAGGAACUCAAUCUGCACCAAACUGGUAACACAAAGUAAUAAUAAACUUUGACAUGGACCGUCCCAGACGCAGUGGGAGGAGAGGCGUGGAAACAUCUUUGAAGACGGAUAAAGGUUCAAAAACAAAAUGUAUUCCUGAAAAUAAAGUAUACCGCUUGCGCGUUAUAACAUUGGAUAAAUUAACAAAACCUGAUGCUGGAUCCUCCCGUGAAGAAAUUAGUGCCAAUGCAGGACCAAUCAGGAGCAAAAAUAACCAGAAAGUAAAACUAGAAGUAGAUUCGGAAGAAAUUUCUAGUUCUCAAUCAACAAUGGAAGUAAAAACACUUCAGCGAUUCAGUGGCCCUGUUGCAUCUGUUCCAAUCAGACCAGUUCCUCGACUUCGUCUUAAAAAGUUCACCUGUGAAAUUUGCAAAAAAGGCGUGGGCACAAAGGGUGGCUUGAAAUACCACAUCCAGGCGCAUCUUUCGGGCCGACCCUUUAAAUGUGAAAUUUGCAAAAGGUCGUACGCGACAAAAAAUGAUUUUGACACUCACAACAAAAGGCACUCUGGUAAAAAUGUAAGUUGUGAUUUUUGCAACAAGACAUUUCCCGUCAAGUCGUACUUGGCUGAUCAUAUUACUUUCACUCAUUUGCCCAAAGAAUUUGUCUGCCAAAUUUGUAAAAGACCUAUAUCCUUUCAUCGAAAAUGUCAGUUAGAAAAGCAUUUGAUUGAUUCUCAUUCAUUUGAAAAUAAGUUAAAGUGUAAACUUUGUGGCAGGACAUACAAGUCAAAGCAAAACUACGAAAAUCAUUGUAAACAGAGAGAAAUUUUGAAGUACGAAUGCAAAGAUUGUGGCAAAAAAUUUCCCUGUAUUAAAUUACUGCUAAAUCACAUUCGGGAGGAAAGCAGAAACGUUGAAUGCAAAAUUUGUAAGAUAAAAGUAAAAAAACUUUACAAUCACAAUCGAAGUCAUCACAUGUUUGUAAAUUGUGACCUUUGCCCUUUUAAUGGAAAGCCGCAGGAGGUGAUUUUUCACAAAGCGGAGUGCGGAACUAAAGAGCAAAUUGAGACUCUUGGUAUAUAUUGCAAUUUGUGCAAAUUACAUUUCCGAAGUACCAUUGACUUAAACCUUCAUAAACGACGCGCACAUGGAAAAUUCAAAUGCCCAAGUUGCCCUGAAAAGUUCUUGAAGGAAUGCCUUCUUUCAAAACAUACUAAAGAAGUUCACGAAAAGCCGUAUGCUUGCUUUUCUUGCCCUCGUCCAAAAUACUUUUCGAACAAGGUGAAUUUUGAUAAGCAUUUUCUCAGCUCACACAACUUUCCCAACUCAAAUAAGAUGCAUAGAAAAAUUGAUAUUGUGCGAUUUGGAUGUGAAAAAUGUAAAAAGAUGAUACCAAAAAUUAAUACAAAAGUAUGGCUGAGAAACCACAUCAUUAAAUGUUAUGGGAUUUGACUCAUCCAAGUAAUGCUCAAUUUGGUUGCUUGUAAAAAUAUUGGAAUAAUAUUACUUUGUUUCUCACUUAGCUUGCCAUCAUAAAAAGGGAAAUAAAAACAUUAUAGGAAAGGAUUUUAUUACCUGACCUGAUCAAGAUCAUUGACGGUAUGAUAAUAGAAAGCUAAAACUGUAAAAUCAAUCACAAAAUAAAGUACUUGUAAAUAAGAAAUUUAAAUUUUAUUUUUGUUUCUGAUUUUCAAAUAAGAUUAAUUAAUUAUGAUUGAACGAUAAGUUAUCAACCCUCUUUACAUCUCAUUUUUUUUAAAUACACAAAAUUAAGGAAUUUUAUUUUGUUACGAAUAUAUUAUGCAAAUAAAAGAUAAAAUCUUCAGAGAAACAUAUUUAAAAGUUAUAUUGACGAAAUGCUUUGAUCUAAAAGGAUGAUCACAAUAUCAUAAUAAUAAUAUCAAAAACCUUGCCAUAAAUGCAAAUCAGUCGGAUUCCCUGCCGUUUGCAUAUUAAAAAUUUGCUUGGUUCCCCAAGUUCAGUCAAGCUUUAUUUGUUCCAAAAUUGUAUGUAUUAAAUUUAUAUCUAUAUUAUUUUUUGUAUAAUUUUUUAAAACUGGCCGUCUAAAUUUUUGUGA